AUGCUGACGGCACUGUUUGAGAAGCUCAAUGAAUGGAAGGAAAAUGGUGGUUUGACAAUCACACGCACCCGGAAAUGUGGCAGCAGGGGCCUGGUGACCUUCCAGGACACGUGGACCUGGCCCACAGCAUCUCUUCCAGAUCUCUUUCCAGCAGUUCGCAGUGAUUGCAAGGGAAAGAUCAUGAACAAGGACACUGUCUCUGCAGCUAUAAGACGAGCCAGGAAGACCUUUGUCCCACCAAAUGUUGGUGAAGUCAAGGUGGCCAACAUCAGGUCCCACAGCGGAAGACAUCGGGCAAUCAAUGACCUCAAGAUGCACAAUGUCAAAACAGAGGUUGGUAAACGCUUUGCCAGAAUCUCCUCCGAAGCAGUGUGGAAAGGGUAUGGAAAGCUGACAGUGAAGCAAGCAGCUGAUGAACUACGCAGCAACAAAAAGUUGCAAGAACAUUGGCAAGAAAUCUACACCUCAAAGUAGAUCAAGAUUGACUAUGAACUUUCC